CAAACAAUGUGGUUGUCCGCUGUCCAUAAGAGAUGUCUGCACACCUCACUACGUCUCUUGAAGAAGAGCCCCAAAACACUGAAAGGCAGAACUACGACAGCGCAGCACUGGCUCUUUCGGCAGCUGAACGAUCCUUUUGUAAAGGCUUCUCAUGACCUUAAUUACCGGUGCCGAAGUGCCUUCAAGCUGUUGGAGAUAGACGACAGAUUUGACAUUUUGAGACCGGGAUACAGCGUUGUUGAUUGUGGCGCUGCGCCGGGUGCUUGGAGUCAAGUAGCUGUUGAGAGGGUCAAUUCAAACGGGAAAAAUACGGAUUUGCCAUGUGGUACAGUUAUUGGGAUCGAUCUCCUCAACAUAGCAUCUCUGGACGGGGCCCACUUUUUGUCCAGUCAUGACAUUACUGACCCUGUUACACAUGCCAGGAUACUGGAACUUCUCCCCAACAAACAAGCUCAUGUCAUCCUGAGUGACAUGGCACCCAAUGCCAGUGGCUUUAAAGAGAUGGACCAUGAGAAGCUCAUCACUAUGUGUUUCACUUUGCUAGACCUGGCUGAGAGGGUUUUACAGCCAGAGGGCACUCUGGUCUGUAAAUACUGGGAUGGCAUUUUCGCUCCUAAACUCCAGGAGAAGCUGUCCGAUGUUUUCAGCGGUGUUAGGGUAUUAAAGCCAAAAGCCUGCAGGAAGGAUUCAGCUGAGCUUUUUUUCCUUGCUAGAAUGUACAAAAAGCCGGCGAAAUGAUUGUUUUCAUCCAGGUUAUUUUUUCUUCUUCUUAUGUUUAUCUCCUGGUUCUAAUCAAACUGCAUUCUAAAUUAUUUGUUAAAGUGUGUGACAGCUGUUGUACCUUGCAUUUAGAUGUCCUUGUGAAAUUCACAGGACAAUCAAAUAUGUUGUUGAUCAGCACUGGUGAAUAGAAUGAACAUGAAUGGAAGACAGGGCCCUUGGUAAAACAUGCACCAGAAGAUGGCACUCUUGAAGUAACAUAAAGGCUUAGCUGUGAUAGCCCAGCUACACCAACUCAACUGGUUCACUGCACAGAUUGACUUUAUCCAUACAAACAGUAAGAAUCAACAGUAAAAAAAAAAAAUCCCAUCAAUAAAAUUUGUAAACCUACGCCAAACUCUCCAGGGUGGCGUCCCUUAAUAGCCUCACCCUGUGUUUUCUCUCAAGUUAUUGUUUGCUGAGUAUUUGCUCCUCAAAGUCAGUGUGGAAUUUGUUUUGUAGCAGAAAGUCAUUUGCCAGUGGUGCUUAUGCCAAUAAUUUGCACUGCUAGCCAUGUAGAAAUAUGAAAUCAUCCUCUCAUUAUGAGUUUUUAAAGGAAAAACAGCAUGAUAAAUGAAAGAGGGUGCUAGUGAAGCUCAGAGCACAACAAACAUGGCCGGGCUCUGUCACAGCAUAACAAUGUCCUUUUCAUGUUAUGUGAUCUCAGACCGGCUACCAUCACGGAUUCUUCUUUAAAUUAGUCUUUCAUAUCUAAAUCCAGUGAGUUGGUUACUGGGGAGCUACCUUUUGUGUCAUUAAAAGUUCUAAUUUUUCCUCUUACCCAAUUCUGCACAGUGUUUUGAAACCAUUUUUUUUAAGGCUUGAUUGGCUGAUUCUCUGUCGGUACCAUUUUUUCCCUUUUUUUUUAAAAGCCACAUUUUUGUCAUUGUACAGUUGUUUGGUUACAAUGAGAUUUGUCUUCUGCUUUUAACCCAUCCUAUUGUAUAGGAGCAGUGUUAUGAGAUUAAAUGGGAAAGUUGUCAUUGCCUCAUAACUGGAGUGACAUGAUGAUGAUUAUUUCAAAAUAAAGUGGUACA